CAAUAAAUUAAGAAACCAAGGUAAUGAGAUUCCAAACGUGAAUCCAGCCAUAAAAUGUUUUCUUGUUAUUUUUUAAAAUUAAAACAGUCUUCUUCACUGACUUCUCCACUGUUCUGUUCUGCUCUGUCUCUUUCUAUUUCGUACUCAUUAUAAGCUGAAACAGAGAUCUACUCUUUCACUAACACAUGCAAGUUCUUGCUUUUGUCUGAACUUCUUCUUUUCUAUUAUAAGCAUUUGUAAAGAAAUAGUAAGAGAGAUGAGGAAGCUUUUCUUGUUAGGGGUUGUGGUGACAGGACUGAUACUGGGGACUGAGGCAAAUGAGUAUCUAGAGUUCAAUGUCACUGAGUUAGAUCGCAUUGAGGAAUUAGAGUAUGGUUUCUCCAAAUCUAGCUCCAACUUCAACCCAUUAAUGGUUGGCCUCACACUUAUUAGAGGAGCUGGUGCCAAAGGAGCUGUUUGUUUGGAUGGAACAUUGCCUGGAUAUCACUUACAUCGUGGACAUGGAUCCGGAGCUAAUAGCUGGCUAAUUCAACUAGAGGGAGGAGGAUGGUGUGACAACAUAAGGAACUGUGUAUACAGAAAGAAGAGUCGUCGUGGAUCCUCUAACUAUAUGGAGAAACAGAUUCAGUUUACAGGAAUACUUAGCGAUAAAGCUCAACAAAAUCCAGAUUUUUUCAACUGGAAUAGAGUAAAGCUUCGUUACUGCGAUGGUGGUUCCUUUAGUGGUGAUAGUCAGAACAAGGCUGCACGGCUUCAGUUUAGGGGAGAACGGAUAUGGAGAGCAGCAAUGGACGAUUUGAAAGCAAAGGGAAUGCGAUAUGCCAAACAGGCACUUUUAUCUGGAUGCUCUGCUGGUGGUUUAGCAGUGAUUUUACGCUGUGAUGAAUUCAGAAACUUGUUUUCAGGAUCUACCAGAGUCAAGUGCUUAAGUGAUGCAGGCUUGUUCUUAGACACGCCUGAUGUGUCCGGUGGUCACACCAUUAGGAAGCUAUAUAACGGUGUUGUGCAGUUGCAGGGAGUGAGGAACAAUCUGCCACAUAUGUGCACUAACCAUCUCAACCCAACUUCUUGUUUCUUCCCUCAAAACUUGAUCAGUCAGAUGAAAACUCCUCUUUUUAUUGUCAAUGCAGCAUAUGAUAUUUGGCAGAUUCAAAGUAGUAUUGCUCCACCAAGUGCAGACCCUAGAGGUUAUUGGCAUGAAUGCAGAUUAAACCAUGGAAGAUGCAAUGCAGCACAGCUUCGGUUCUUGCAAGGGUUUAGAAAUCAAAUGUUGAGAGCUGUAACAGGAUUCUCAAAGUCAAGAAAGAAUGGUUUGUUUAUAAACUCAUGUUUUGCCCAUUGCCAAACCGAAAGACAAGACACUUGGUUCGCUGAUGAUUCUCCUGUUAUCCACAAAAAGGCGGUGGCGAUAGCUGUUGGAGAUUGGUAUUUUGAUAGAGCAGAAGUGAAGCUAAUAGAUUGUCCUUACCCGUGUGAUAGGAGCUGCCACAAUCUUGUCUUCAGAUGAUUGAAUGAUCUUCUUAUACUUUUUGCUCAUAUACGAAAUCAAAAGUAAAAAGAGAGUGCGUUUCUAUAAGUUUUCAUAGUUGUUGUAUUGUAUCCUUUGUACCAAUUCCUCAAUGGAAAAAAGGUUUUCCUAACGAGAUUGAAUUAAUAAAUUAUUAAAUUAUAAUGAAGUAUUUUCC